AUGCCCUCUGCAGCAAAUCAUCCAGACCACCUUCUUCUUCUUCACGUCUUUCUCUCUCUAUACUCCAUACUUUCUCUCUCUAGAAAUUCCCUGCAAGAAAAAACCUUCGUCUCUGCUCAUCUUCUUCUUCUUGGCGCAGUUCUGUUUCUACAUUUAGAAAUCCUAAAGAUGAAGUAUUCUAAACAAGUAGCAUCGCCACCAUCUCCGCGCGUGAUUCCACCAAAGUUCGUUCCACUGAAAGCCCAUGGCUCGAACCGCAUUCCAAUGGCUAGACGUGGGUUCGGGACCAAAGGCCGUAGGAUACCUCUACUCACUAACCAUUUCAAUGUUGAGAAACCGAGCAACACUCAACUUGAGGGCCGGGUUUUGGAACCACCAAAGUUGAAAUUUGGCAAUGAUAAAGACGUUCUUCCUCGCGAUGGCCGUUGGAACUUCAAAGACAAGACGCUUGUUGCGCCGACGCUGAUCACACAUUGGGCUAUUGUGAACUUUUGUGCACCCUGUGACAUCCGUAACCUAUGCAGAGAUCUACUUAGGUGUUCUAAAGCUAAAGGAAUAGAUCUUCGUGAGCCAUAUACUGUAAUCCAAGAGAAUCAGCAGUCUAGCCGCAACCCUGCUCCUGUUCGUGUGGAACUCAUGUUUGAAGAAAUCCAACAAAAACUUCCAGGCCCACCUCGGUUUCUAUUGUGCAUAUUGCCCGAACGAAAGAAUUCAGACAUCUAUGGUCCGUGGAAGCGAAAAUGCCUCGUGGAUCACGGGAUUGUUACACAGUGUAUGGCACCUACUUGUAUUGAUGAUCAGUAUCUUACAAAUUUGCUACUAAAGAUCAAUGCAAAGAUGGGCGGUUUAAACACUCUGCUAUCAGUUGAGUGUUUGCAAUCUAUACCAUUUGUUUCAAGCAUUCCGACGAUGAUAUUUGGAAUGGUUUUGUCCCAUAGCGGUUCUGACGUUCCUUCAACUGCUGCUAUUGUAAGCUCGAGAAAAUGGCCAUUGAUUUGUCGGUACAGGGCUUCUGCGCGUGCGCAAUCCGCACGUGUUGAGACGAUAGAUGGUUUGUUUGAGCCUGUGUCACCCGAAAGAGAUGAAGGGAUGAUCAGGGAACUGUUGGAAGAUUUCUAUCAAAGUACUUCCAAGGUGAAGCCCGAACAUAUAAUUAUAUUCAGGGAUAGAGUUAGCGAGUCUCGGUUUGAACAGACGGUGAAUGUAGAGCUUGAGCAGGUCAAGCAGGCAUGCCGGUUUAUCCGUGAUGAUUAUUGGGAUCCAAAAUUUACGGUGAUCGUGACACAGAAAGCUCAACGCACCAAUUUUUUACAACCAAAACCUGAUGCCAACGUUCCCCCAGGAACAAUCAUUGACACUGAAAUCUGUCAUCCAAAGAACAAUGAUUUUUAUUUAUGUGCUCAAAACGGACCGCUUGGGACUGUACGGUGUACACAUUACCACGUGCUUCUUGAUCAAAUCGGUUUCUCUGCUGAUGACUUGCAAGAGUUGGUUCAUUCUUUGUCAUAUGUGUACCAAACGAACACAACUGCAAAAUCAAUAGUUGCUCCAAUCUGGUACGCCCACCAGGCAGCGGCCCUGAUGUCGCAAUUCGUCAAUUCUGACAUGACAUCCAACAGCAGUGGUGGUGGUGGUGGUGGUGGUUUCACACAAAUUCCCAAGCUUCAUGAGAAUGUAUGCGAUUCUAUGUUCUUCUGCUAACGAGUCCAUCAAGUUUAUCUUAUGGUUCAUAGUUAUUAGUUACUGUCACAAGUAAAUGUCAUGUGAACCGAGCUUACAUCGUAACAGCCCAAAGGGCAUAUUUGAUUCUCGUGCAAAUAGAAGCUUUGUAGCUAUUACAUUCUACCAUCUUUGAUAACACCUUGUAUCGUUUCUUAUAAUGCCGAAUCAUGUAAUUUUGUUUCA